AUGCUUGCGCAUGCAACGCAUAGAACGAAUUCGCCGAAAACUAUGCCGCUACGAAGAAGGCAUAAACAAGCGUGCUUGCUUCUUCGAGCGUUAUUCAACUUCGAUUCCACUUCUCAAAAUAACUCCCGUAAGCUAGCAAGCACCAUCCAUGCACCCUGUUCCAGACUCGCAGCCCUGGCCGCAAAUCUCCCAGCCCAAGUCAGCAUCCUUGUCGUGUACUAUAUUAGAAGAAGUGCGACAGUUGGGUUUAAGGUAGCUUCACAAGUCUCAGAUAUUCCAGAGGAAUGGAGGUCAAGAUUAAGGCUGCUCUUCACCUACCCACUCGGCUAA